GUAACAAUGUUGUUUGUACCCUUAAUCCACGGACAUCACUCUUUAUAUCACGCUUUACUCCCCCAAAAAUCCGAUAACAUUUUUUAUUCCCCAUCCCAAAAUUUCUCAAGACUCAGAUAUCAAUUUUUACCAAAAUUCCAUCUAUUACCCUUAACACACAAAACUACUUUAUAUCACUCUUUGGUUUUCUAAAUCCUCUGUUAUCACCUUUUAACCCCCUAAACACCCAAUUUAACUCUUAUUAAUCACGAAUCCAUAGAUAUUAUCAUUUAUUCCCGCAGAACCAUUUCUCUAUCCCACGAUACAUAUUUUAUUCCAUAAUACACUGAUAUCCUCCUAAAUUACUUGUUAUCUAUUAUAAAUAUAUUUUAAUAGCUUAUUCCCUCGUUACCCCAACAAUUCUAACCCCAAAGUUCUCAUAUAUAAUUUUUUAAUCCGCCCCUACUCUCGAUAUAUUCACCAAAUCGCUAAAUCAUUCUUAAUCCCGCCAAAUCCUGGUUCCCCCUCUUGUUUUACAAAUCCCACGUUGUCUAUUCUAACCUUCUUUAAAAGCAUUGAAAAAACUUAUUGUGGUUGUUAGUGACCUGUCGGCUUUACAGACUCUGUCUCUUCUUAUGCUUUUCUCCGAACUUGUUUACUUACCCUUUCGUCAGGUCUCCUUUUCUCUCAAAUUCAGGAGUGUCUUUCACUUAAACUGUUAAUUUUUUCACCCUCACUUUUUCUAAAUUCACGAUAUUUUUGAACAACUCAAUUUCCUGAAGCACUUAUUAUACACCACGUUCUCUGUUUUAACUUUUUUCCCACAAAUCCUCAAUAUAAACCUUUUCCAACUGAAAUCAUCUUUUUACUCCAAAUAACGCAAAUCACUUUUAAUCAAAUCACAAUCUUGAUCUACUUUUUUUUGAGCUUACUCUGAUCAUUUUCUCACCCUUUUAUGUUACUGUUCUCUUUCUCUUUUCCUUCUUUUGUUUUCUCGUCCAGUAACGAAACUGUUCUACGGUUGAGUGAUCUAACAACAGAACAGAUCCUGUGCUGGAUCAUUUCUGUCAUUUAUGAUCUCUACCACCUUUUUCCGUCUUAAUCUGCUAUUAUUUUUUUUCAACGAAGAACCUCCUUAACACUUCUUAUUGCUCUUAAAUACUCGGAUAAAUAGCUCUAACCCUUGAAUUCGUGUUUUAUUUUAUACCUGAGUACUUUAUCGACUUUUGUUCCCCAGAAAAGAAUCAUCCCUAUUUUUCUCAAAAUCACCCAAUAUACCUUUUUAUCGCUUUAAAUAAACGACAUCACAUUAAAAUUAUAUCCUCUUUAUUUCUCAUAUAUCCCAAUAUCAAUUUCAGUUCAAAAUCCCAGAUAUCUUCCACGCUUUAUUUUUUUAAAUUGAAUUUCUGUCUUUUUGCAACAAAUUGCUUGUUAAUCUCUUUUUCCCCAUCUCUUAUUUUCUAAAUUUCUUUAUUCUAAAAAUCCCCUAAACCUCAAAAUUUUUCUUAAACACUUAAAAAUCGCCAUAGUUCACAUAAUCUCUCCCUUCUCCCGGUGUUAAAAUCCUCUAUAUUUAUCUUUUUUUUUAAUCUUAAUUCACCGCUAACGCUUGUAAACCCAUCAAACCCCAAGGUAUUCUUUCUUUUUUUUGUUAUCUCUUCUAAUCCUC